AUGGACGACAAAGGCGCUCUUUUAUCGCCAAUAUUCAUUGAUUCUGUCUCAUCGUGUCAAUUGUUUGAGACACCAUGGUAUCCCUUUGGUAAAAAGAAGGCUUGGAUGCGUGAGACUGCGGGAUCCCUCGAAGGCUGUAGGACCGCUUCGUUUUCCGACAUAGGCUCCGACGUCGACCUGCUCUCGAGAAGUUAUGCUCGAGAGCUCCGAAACCCCAUUGAUCGGGAAUGGAAGGGUCGGCUUGAGAUCGAGUUCGCUGAUGGAGCCACAACCUGGACUAGUGGAGUAGUGCGAAACGUGUCGUGGGAAGUCUACCGCGACUUUCAUGUGGAUGAUUUCUGCGUUGCCGUCGUGCUGGAUAACGAUCAUAUCUUUGGCAUGUCUGUUUUCUUGACCCUUGCAAAGUAUGUCUUCAAUUUCAACAUGGAAGAGGAGAUACUCCAGCUCUGCAAGGCCCCGUCUGAUGGGUCGAUACGGAUGGGACUUGGAACUUUUCUAGAAGAUGAUUUCAAUAAUUAG